CCCUCCAACACAGCUGGGUUGAUUUUGCCUUCUUCUCUAGCGAUUGUUUUCUUCUGAAUCUGAUCUGGCGUUCCAGUGAUGAAGGGGGGUUUCUGGGUGUGGAACCCCACCCCUCUGACCCCGACAGUCCCAUUGUCUGCCCGUGACAGCCCCCCGGGCUACCUAGCCUUACUGUCACUGACCCACAGAUUCACAUGGCUCCCCUUACUGUCAUCAGCUCCUGCUCGCUGCUCCAGUAAGACACUUACAGCAGAGCAGCUCAUGUUCAGGGUCCAGAUGCAGAUGUAGGGCAAAAAAACAACAUACGUGAUGUUCAGUGGGAACUGGAAAGGCAAAAACAUGAUUUUCCCAACACUGCAUGAAAACAUAUUUAUACAGCUAGAAGAGGGAGCUCUGUUCUGUUUCAUCGUAAUAUCAGUGUUAUCUUGUCCUUAAGGGAACAACGUGAACAUUUCUGUAAUUUCACUGGGGAAAUAAAGUAGUAAUUUUCUUUAAUGUAAAAAUAUGUGUGUAUUGGAGAACCUGUUUUCAAUUUGGUCUUAGACUCAUCCAGCUCCAGUCUGGCAGCAUCUUUGGCUUUUGUCUCAACAGAUAAAUCCUCUGCAACGUCAACGUCCUGAAUGCUCCCGCUGAUACCAAUUUUGACACUUUUCCAGAAACCAGAAGUAGAACUUUAGAUGAGAUGUUAAUCUCCCCCUCCCCUGCUGAAAAUCACAUGCAAAAAAAGCACUAUGGUGUCCAUCUAGCUACCAACAGACAAUAAAUACAUUGUGUUCAGACAAUAAGCUCUAGGUGAACUAAACAGGAUAUUAGCUGAUAGUCAUAAAAAAAUAGAGUUUCUGAGAGAGAGAGAGAGAACACUUCUAUGUAAAAGACACAAAGGCAAGUCUGUCGGGUGGUUUUGGCAUUGGUUUUUGGUUCCCAGGUCAUAAUGUAAACUGGGAUCCCAAACAAUUAUCCCUUUGGAAGUGUGUGUGGCUUUUGCCACUUCUCUGUUCGCUAUGGGUAACAGGCAAUGGUUGAUGCUUUCUGACACCUUCCAGUCCUGUCUCUUGUUCAGCUUCGUUUAGUUUUCUUGUCAGACGUUAGCAAAUCGCUCUGUAUUUGAGAGUUUGGUUUUAGUUUUCUGGUAACAUUCACUUCUGAGUUAAUCUGAAACACACAGUCUCAGCAUAGUUUUGGGGCAUGAACUUCAGGGAAAAGUCAUCAAGCUUUCAGUCAGCAAUGUAUCGUCAGAAAGGUAGAUACAAGGGGAAUCCGGCCUCUUUUUGAAGUUGAUAUUUUUUCACUCAAUCCAAGCUGCCAGGGUGACAUUGACAGAGUGCCUGGUGUAAAAUCUGUGAGGUGACUCACAAGUGCACUUAUGCUCCUCUGUUUUAAAUGAAACCAAAUGCACUGACAUAUUUCUUACACAUAGUCACCCAGUCAUCCUCUUUUCAUUAGGAUGGGGGAAGACAUGUGGCUGUGGAAUGAUGAAGGUAUCUAUGCAGAUGAGGAGAAUCCCAAGUAGGUGAAGCAGACUCACAACAGGACAAUAAAAGUUAAUAGGCCUACUUGAACGUGCUUACUUUAAUAUGACAACUUUUGCAUUGAGAGCAGGUGUAUGUGUGUGAGAAAAUGAGUGUGAGUGAGACCGAGAGAGGGGGAGAAAGCAAACUCACUGCUAACCCAAAACCUUGCAUUAGGUUUGAGGUGCGACUAUCAUGAUGUUCUGAGAUGUUUUCAUUCCUUAUGGAUUCUGACGGCAUGGGUGAUUUCAUGGAAUUUUUCUUAGAUUUUUCAUCUGGAAAACAGAUUUGUUCUCUAGCGUGCAUACUGGGGUUGGGACCAUUGUGGAUGAUGUUCUUUUAACACAAUUCUGUCGAAAAAAUCUUUUUCAGGUAUUUUAUUUACAUCAAGAGAUGACUUAGCUGUUGGACAAAGAACCUUAAUUCCAAAGAGGGUAAAAAUGCUAAUUCGGGUACCAUUUCUGAUUUGGAUUCUGCACUUCAUGGAUCUUAUUAAUGGACAAUAUUUCUCAAGACAUCCACGACAUAGACGUAAGUAUCCAACCGACACAUUUUGAUGCGACCUGAUUGAAAUGCGGACACCUGUUCUACGUAAUUAUACGCAUAUUCAACUCCUCUUCAUACAUGCGUAAAAGCAUGGACAUUACUAUGUGGGUGCAGUAAAUUUUACUUUCAGGCAACAAUGCGGUCAUAUAUUUUCAUGGUUUAUAUGCGUUGGCUUACUAUGUGAACCACACAAUACAUUGUAAAGUUUGGCUGAGGGUUUGAUAAACCUGGGCUGGCUCCUGUUUCUAUUCUUGGAACAUUAAUGUGCCACGUAUAGUAAGUCACUACUCAGGUUUAUGAGAUUGGCUGUAUUCGUUGAGUACAGAGCAUAAUGAUUUGUGAUAAUGUAGUUCUUCCAAAAAAGACAAGUUGUAUGGGAUUCAAGUUUGACCAAAUUUCACAUGCACGUGCUCAAGACAUGUAACUGCAUCCUCUCUUACGCAGGAUCACAUACACACACACACACACGUGUGUGUGUGUGUGUGUGUGUGGUGUGUGAGAGAGAGCGAGAGAGAGAGACACACACACACACACAGCCAUAACACCAGCUCUUCUCUCCAGGUAGCGCAGUGGUGAGCAGGUUGUGUCAUGCUGGCUGCCUGACAUGCUCAGCGUUAAACGGCUGCCUGUCCUGUAAGCCCCGCCUCUUCUUCCACUUGGAGCAUGAUGGGAUGUGGGAGAGGGGGACCUGUCUGCUAUCCUGCCCCAGAGGUCACUAUGGGACACGCUCCCCACAUGUCAACACCUGCACCAAGUGCAGGGAGGACUGUGUUUCCUGCUUCAACAGGAACUUCUGCACUCACUGUCACCAGGGCCACUACCUGUACAGAGGGAGGUGUGAGGACAGCUGCCCCGAGGGCCUGACCCCAAACGCUGCACUAAGAGAGUGCAAUGAUUGUCCAGUGGGCUGUGAGGUGUGUGUGACGAGGAACACCUGCACCAGGUGUAGAGCAGGACUGUACCUCCUGCAUGGCCAGUGCCAUCAUACCUGCCCAGGGGGGUUUGAGCCUGAUGGACAGCUCAUGGAGUGCAUUUCUCAAGUACACUGUAAGGUGGGAGAAUGGGGAGACUGGGACCUCUGCUUUCGGAGAGGGAGGACCCGGGGCUACAGGAAGUUUGAGGAGGUACGAAGAAGAGAGGUCCUACGGCACCCCACCCUGUACGGCGACCCCUGCCCCAAAGUCAAAGAGUGGAGGAAAUGUGUCAUCAAAAGGAGACCAAGUCCAGGAAGAUCAGAUGGCAAAGGCAUUAGGCCAACAGAACAUUGAUGCAAGAUCAUUGGUGGGAGCAAAAUAAUAGCAAGUGGCAGAUGUGAUCCAAAACAGGAUGGAAGGCCAGAAGGAGGACUGGAUUAACUGGGUUGAAAGAGAGACCUCCAUUGCCUGGACCUUAGUCGUUUCUGUAGUCAGGAACAGUGUGCAACAAUGUAUUCCUCUAUGUUUGUGACCAGCUGUUGACCUGCCUUAGUUGAGAGACCUUGGAGUAGAUAACAUUAUCAUCUGCUCUAGAAUUUCAGGUUCAACAUUUUUUGGUUCAUUGGAACAUGUCACCCACACGAUCCAUUCCAGGAAAAGGUCACUAAAUUGAUAUGGACUGAAUUGAGCAGUGUUCAAAAAGUGUUAUUCUAAUGAGUUUUUUUGUUUCUAUCAUGAUGGUGGCUAGCCCACUUGUUCUACAAGUGUUGCAUUUCUAUGUAUAGCAAGUCAAAUUGAAACUAUUGAUGCCUUUUCAUGAUUUAAAUCAUUGUUAUAGGCCUACAUAAAAUGUUUGUGUGGGAGAUUUUAUAGUAAAUGACAGUAUAUUGUCUUCACAAACAUGACUGAAUUACAUUUUGUUACCAAAAAACAUUGUUAAGUGGAAAGCCUACUCCAAAGAUGUCUAUAG